GAAGAGGACCCACAGUCAAAGACUCUUACUGUUCGUAAAAAUGGAGCCGCUGGAGUCGAGCUAUCACCAGCUUCACGUGGCUGGUGCUGGUCUACACGAGAAGCUCGGGCUAACGUUCCCAAGUGAAAGUCGCGGAGGAUGUUGCAAGUUCAGCGCUAGGUGCUGCGACGUGAAGACUCUCGUUAAACGAGCUAGCGUUCUGCUCGUUUCCCACCUGUUGAACAUUCUGGUGGCCAUUGGGGGUCUUGUCGGAGUGAGCCUCUUGCUGGCCGGCUUGUUGCUGAAUCUGCUGUGGGCCGUGGGGAUUCUGGUGGUGGCGAUCCUGGCAAUUCCGUGCGUGCUGCUGGAGCAGCUUCCUGACCGUCUAUCGUGUCUAAAGGGCUUGGGAUACGCGGUGGUGGUUGUGUUCUACCUGGCGCUGUACGUGGCGUCUUGGUUCACGAUCUACACGGCCGUUGGACCGUAUGUGCUUGUCUUCGGCGGUGCGGUUGGGCUGGCGCUCUUCUAUCUCGUGCUGUGGAUCAUUCAAACUAUGAUGAAGGCAGACGCUCGCCUCGCUAAUUUUGCAUCCUUCGCAAUCCCGUCAAGUUUGCUGCGUGCGGAAGAGCCUCUGCAGUCGAAAGAAUGCGCCGAGAAGUUCAGGAUCAAGCUCACGGGUGGCAUUAGCGCGUAUUUGCCGGUGUUUGAGAUGACAUCCCGCAUGUGGGUAAUUGUCCUGUACUUCACUGUACUGAAGCCCGUUAUUGGUGGUCUGAGCGCUGCCGCCAUCUUCCUCGCUGUGGUCCAGCCUGCGAUCGCGCUGUUCGGUGGUGGUGAUGCGCCAUUCUUCACCGAGUGGAUGACGUUCCACGACAACCCCGUCGUGUACUUCGGCGUCAUCUUGCUGAUCUGGAUUGUUGGUGCGGUCGGCCUCGUAAUGGUUGCAGCUGUGUCGGCGCAGGUAACUUCUCGUGCUUUCGGCGAGUGGAAGCCCAAGCAGAGCCAAAGUGAGAAUGGAGUUGAAGCCACGGCUGCAUAG